AUGAGCUCCUCUAUACUAGUUCAACAUGCCAAAGACCUCGUUGCCAGGGUCGCCUCUGAGUCAAAGUCACAAUAUGGAUUGUCCUCUAUGGCUCCAUCUAUUUAUGAUACUGCAUGGCUCGCUAUGGUCGAGAAGAAGAAACAUCAAGGUUACGAGUGGGUCUUCCCAACCAGCUUCGAGUACCUCCUCCGUGAACAAACAGAUGAGGGUGGCUGGGAUCCCCUCGAAGGUGUUACCAGAAGAUACAGUGAAUACCCCGAAAAUAUAUGGAUCCAAGAUUGUGUCGUCCAUUCGUUGGCUGCCCUACUCGCAUUAUGUAGACAUGUCCGGCGUUCUUCAUCUCAUUACAAAGAACCGCUACCCGAUAAUAUCCUGUUUCGACUUUUCCGCGCCAAGUCGUUUCUCGAUGCCCAACUGCAGAAAUGGCAACCAGACGAAGCCAUCCAUUUCACGGUUGAAUUGAUUGUUCCGGUUCUACUCCACCUUCUGAGUGAAGAGGGUGUAGAUUUUGAAUUCCCUGCAAAGGAGGACUUGCUGAGCAAGUAUGCCGCAGCAACUAGCAUUGACAUUAGCUGGCUAUAUCAGGGCCCUUGUAGUAUCCCGUUGUUUUCGUUGGAAGGGUUCGCGAGGCAGCUUGAUUGGAGCAAGCUGGGAUGCCUCGUUACUUCUGCAGGUAUUACAGCCUCCCCAGCUUCUGCUGCUGCGUAUUUGAUUUUCUCUCCUACGUGGAGUGAUGAGUGUGAGGCGUAUCUUCGUCACAUUGUGUCGCACGGCCAAGGGAAGGGAAAUGGUGGGGUUGGGGGAGUAUAUCCUUUGGAACUCUUCGAGCCUUGCUGGGUCCUGUCAACGUUGCUGGAGUGUGGCUUCACAGUCGACAAUCUAGGGAGACAAAAUGUGCAAAUUCUGCUCGAAUCGAUCAGUAAGUCGGUACAGAAUGGUGUCACUGGUGUUACUCACACGUUCCUGCCUGACGCGGACGAUACCUCACGAGCGUUGUUGGUUCUCAAUAAUAAUGGCUAUGAAGUUGGUUUGACAAGUUUAAUUGAGCACUUCGAGUGUGACGACUGCUUCCUGACUUUCGAUGACCGAAUGCCCCAACGGGUGGUCAGCGUAAGUGUCAACGGAAAUGUCCUAAACUGCCUGCUUUCUUCGUCCGAUCCCAGUUCUUUCACAUCCCAGAUAGAGAAGAUUGCCAAAUUUAUGUGCUCAAAAUGGAGUAAGGAGAGGAUGCUCAAUGAUCACUGGAACUUCUCCGAGUAUUACGGUAUCAUGCACAUGGCUCAGUCACUGGUUCCGGUCAGGGUCCUUUGGGACCAGGGGAGUCUACCGGGUCUCGCAGAAGACAUCAUUCAAGACCAGGUUCCGAAAUGUCUCCAAGAGGUAUUGGACCGUGUGAUUCGUGGACAGAACGACGAUGGCUCCUGGGGCAACAUGCACGGGGCUGAGGAGACAGCAUACGCAAUCAUUGCUCUCGCCCAACUAGCGUCGCAUGCUGCCAUUGCCAGUGACCAUAGCAAAGCCGACCUGGCUAUUGCCAGAGGAAAGCAAUUUCUGUUAGAGACCUGGACCAUGAGUCAGAAGCCGGACAGGAUCUGGACGGGGAAGGUCAUGCAUGGCAUAUCGUAUGUGCAUGAUGCGCAUGUGCUUGCUGCUUUGAAGAUUAAUCGGGCAAAUUUGGCUGGAAAGCGAGGGUUUUUCUGA